CGUUCCCAUGACGACAGCAGAGAUUAACCAAUGGCAAAGGGGUUCUCGAUGCUUCGAGAAGCGUACGGAAUAUGAAUAGCUAGAAUUUUCUAGGUAAUCCAGAAAUAUCUGAUGGAUGUAGCUUGUAGUAUAUAAUGGGGUCGACGCGUCAAACUUGACAGUUUAUUCUGAGCAAGAGAAGCAAAUAUAAGGAAUAAGAGCAGCGAGUCAAAGUAUAGCUAGUGAACAACAGGCAUACAGCGAAAACAUUUUAAAGUUACAGUACUGACAACAGGAAAAAUAUUUUCUAGAGUGAAACAUGGGACCGAAAACGCCGGCUAUCGGAAUUGACCUUGGAACCACGUAUUCUUGCGUUGGUGUCUGGCAACAAGGCAAGGUCGAGAUCAUUGCAAACGAUCAAGGAAAUCGCACUACUCCCAGCUAUGUGGCUUUCAACUACUCCGAACGUCUUAUUGGAGACGCCGCUAAAAACCAGGUGGCUAUGAAUCCCAAAAAUACAGUCUUCGAUGCGAAACGGCUGAUCGGUAGACGCUUUGACGAUGAAAAGAUUCAAAGUGACAUGAAGCAUUGGCCUUUUACAGUGGUAAAUGACUGCGGGAAGCCUAAAAUCCAGGUACAAUAUAAGGGUGAAACACGCAAGUUUGCACCAGAAGAGAUCAGCUCCAUGGUACUGACUAAGUUGAGAGAGACGGCAGAGGCUUUCCUGGGUAACACAGUACGCGACGCUGUAAUCACGGUGCCAGCGUACUUCAAUGACUCACAGCGUCAAGCUACAAAAGACGCGGGUACCAUCGCAGGCAUCAACGUGCUCCGCAUCAUCAAUGAGCCCACAGCCGCUGCUCUGGCCUAUGGGCUAGACAAGAACCUCAAGGGAGAACGUAAUGUACUCAUCUUUGACCUGGGAGGCGGUACCUUUGAUGUCUCCAUCCUUACUAUUGAUGAAGGAUCACUUUUUGAGGUUAGGGCAACUGCAGGAGAUACCCACCUUGGUGGUGAAGACUUUGAUAACCGACUGGUAAGCCACUUGGCUGAUGAGUUCAAGAGGAAGUUCAAGAAAGACAUACGUGGGAAUCCAAGAGCAUUGCGACGACUCAGAACAGCAGCUGAGAGAGCAAAGCGAACCCUUUCUUCCAGUACAGAGGCAAGCAUUGAAAUUGAUGCCUUGGUUGAUGGUAUCGAUUUCUAUUCGAAAGUCUCAAGAGCACGGUUUGAGGAACUUUGUGCUGAUCUUUUCCGUUCGACACUGCACCCUGUAGAAAAAGCACUGACAGAUGCAAAGCUUGACAAGGGGUCGAUACAUGACGUGGUGCUAGUGGGUGGCUCAACUCGAAUUCCAAAGAUCCAGAAUCUGCUUCAGAACUACUUCUGUGGGAAACAGCUGAACCUGUCCAUCAACCCUGAUGAGGCUGUCGCAUAUGGGGCAGCUGUGCAAGCUGCUAUUCUGAGUGGAGACACCAGCUCACAGAUCCAAGAUGUUCUAUUGGUGGAUGUGACGCCGCUUUCCCUUGGUAUCGAGACAGCUGGUGGAGUUAUGACGAAUAUCAUCGAACGUAACUCUCGCAUCCCUUGCAGACAGACGCAGACCUUCACAACGUAUUCUGACAAUCAGCCUGCUGUCACCAUACAGGUGUUCGAAGGCGAGCGAGCAAUGACUCGAGACAACAAUCUCCUAGGAACUUUCAAUCUCACAGGCAUUCCUCCAGCACCUCGUGGUGUGCCAAAGGUAGAGGUCACAUUCAACAUUGAUGCCAAUGGUAUUGUGAAUGUGUCUGCAAAGGACAGUAGUACUGGUAAAUCAAAGAACAUUAUAAUUCAUAACGAUAAAGGCAGAUUGUCAAAGGAAGAGAUUGACAAGAUGUUGUCAGAAGCAGAAAAGUACAAGGAAGAGGAUGAGAAGCAGAGGCAGAGAGUCGCAGCAAGGAACCAACUGGAAGGAUAUGUGUUCAGUGUGAAGCAGUCUGUAGAUGAGGCAGGUAGCAAACUUAGCGAAGAGGACAAGAGGGCAGCGAGGUCAGAAUGUGACAGUGCUCUGCGGUGGAUGGACAGCAACACCGUGGCUGACAAGGACGAGUUAGAACACAAACUACAGGAGGUGCAGCUAGUCUGUGGCCCCAUCAUGACCAAGAUUCAUCAAGGUGCAGGUGGUGGCUGUUCUGGUCAGCAGGCAGGAAGUCAGGGACCGACUGUUGAGGAAGUGGACUAGUACUGAUUUGUAACUGCUUACUUCUUUUCCACCGAAGAUAGGGAUUCCAAAAAAUGCCAAGAAGAGACAAACGAAGGCAUUUUAAAUGUAUGAAUAUAAAUUAUGUUCAAAGUUAUUUAUAAAUUCUCAUGUACAUUUUAAUUUAUAAACCGAUUGUUGCCAGUGAAUGUGUGUUAUUUAAAAUGUUAAAAUGUUAAUGUAAAGUAUGCAACUAUAUAUGUAAAAGCUGUUUAAACUGUUAUAUGAGUCAAUUCAUUUAAAUAUUUGUAGGAUUCUACAUGCUAAAAUAUAUUUAAAUGUUACAAUUAAC